AUGAAAUAAAAUUUUAAGCUAUUAUUUUUAGCAUGUAUUUUGGCUAUUUCUUGUGGAUUAGAUGAUUUAGGAAAGCCUUUGAUAUACAGUUUUACUAAGCAUAAGCACUACUAGCCAAAUUAAGGUUUUUUAGCUAGCAAAUAAACAGAAGGAACUCCAUAAAAUCCUCCUAUUCCAACUGAUCCGCAGCCAAAUAAGCCUGAUUAACCAAAUCAGCCAAAUAAACCAGAUUAACCAAACCAACCAAAUAAACCUGAUUAGCCAAAUUAACCAAAUUAACCCACAUAGCCAAUUGAAGAAUAAGGAGGUAACGGAUGGGGAAUAUUUUUCGCUAUUGUGAUUGUAAUUCUUGUUAUUGUAGGAAUUGCUUAUUUGUAUAACAUGUAUGAGGAACACAUAAUAAAAACAGAAGGUACCAUGAAGGCAGAAUUAGGCAUUAAGAAACAAAAUUUAAAUUCAAAUCAAAAAUUGUUAUUAAAUCUUCUUACAUUUAAUAGUAAGAGUGAUGAAUUUUCAGCUCCAUACUAUUAGUAAGACGUGGAAGUAAAACAUUAAAUUGAGGAAGCAAACAAAGUUGUGUUGGGAGAAUAUUUAUAAGCUACAUUUAAAUAACAAAAUGGGUAAAGAUUGAUUAUUUGUAACUAUCCAUGUGAUUAAAAGAUGGAUUGUUGCUACUUUGAGGUUGAGCUAGAAAAAAUAAAUUCAAAUAAUUUUGAUUAGUAAUUAUCAAUAGGAUUUAUAUCAAAAUCUUAAUUAGAUAAAUGUAAAACAUAGCCUGACAAUUUUCAGUUGUUGCUCUCAGGACAAAAAUCUGUGCUUUAUUCUUCAAAUGGAUUAAUAAUGAUUGGAGAAUAGGAAGUAGACCUGAAUAUUGAAUAAAUUACUUAUGGUGAUACUAUGGGAAUUGGUUAUACUAAAAAAGAUCAAAGAAUAUGGAUUACUAGAAACGGAGAAUUUUUAAAUCCUCCACCUUUUGAGGAAAUAAAGAAAUUGUAGGAAUAAAAAAAAAAGAGCUCAAGCAAAAAAGAUGAAGAAGAAGAGUCUUAUAGACCUAAAGAAGACGAUCAUGAAGAAAUUGAAGAAGAACGUUUGAGGAAAGAAAGAGUGCUUAAGCUUAAAUUAGAUAAAUAAGAAAAAUCUUAAGAAGAUUAUGAAGCAAUUUAUCCAUUUGUCUGCACUAAUUUUCCUUGCACAAUAGAUAUUAAUGUAGGAGGAUAUCCAUUCCGUUUCAAUCAAAAAGAAAUAGCUACUGGAUUGCUAAAAUGA